AUGUCUCUUACUGAAAGCAAGACCAAGUCCCAGAAGCUUGGUCUAUUUGAUCUGCCCGAUGAACUCCUCCUCUGCAUCUUUGAAGCUGAGGAUUUGGAAUGGAGAGAUCAUCUCAACAUUCGCCACGUAUCAUCUCGACUCUUUCAAUUGACGUUCAAGCACGUUUACAACGGGAAGCGAGAGAUUUUCGAGCAUGCCUGCUAUAUGGGCAAUCUUGAUCUCAUAAUUGAGUGUCUCAAGCACAGAAACGUUCUCACCAGUCGACUUUGGGAAACGACGGGGCGCCGCGAAAUCUGCUGGACACCGCUUGAUAUCCUUUCAUUGGGGUUUCUGGAUGGGUACUUCUCGGCUGAUGCAUACAUAAAAGUAGCUGAGUGGCUAUUCGCUAACGGAUAUCAUACCGGGCAGGUCGAAAGGAUCGAGGGAGAGUUAAUAACUUCUUCUGUUUUCCCUCCCCUUGUGCUGACCACGAUCCCAACGGCAACAGAUGCAGAUGAGCAUCGUGCCAUCUGCCAGGUAAUCGAGUUCCUCAUAGACAAGGGUUUGGGAUUUCCGUCUGAAAGGCUACGUAGGGUGUUGCCCGCGAAGAAGGGCGGACAUCCAGGAUACCGGGAAUUUGCUAAGGGCUUUGACAGCAUUAUGCAGAUAAUGCUGCAGUCGGCUGUCCCCCCCGAUCUCUUCGAGGUUUUCCUUAACAAGAUGCUUUCCGAUCGGGGACUGACUCUCAGGUCUCGCCUUGCCCCUGGCCAUCGAGUUGACAUUGACUGGCACGAAUGGACAGGACUCCAUGAUCUAGUCCACAUCCUUUUCGAUGACCUAUUUGCUCCAUGGAUAUACAAAGGAGACAGCCCGAAUUACUUUUCCGAUACCUUUGAGGCUAAGAUCAAGUUGCUCAUCAAAUAUGACGGGAUUGAUGGCAAAGAGCAGUCGGCACUUGAAAAUAUCCUUGAAGCUCUGCGUAGGAUCGAAGAAGAGCAGAGAGACAAUGGCGGUCUCAACUUUGAACGAGACGGCACAUGGUGCUGGCGCGAGAUCUGCCUCUCCAUCUAUCAGACCCCUUUCCUAGGUCGGAGGGUAGGCAAUCGAUAUUCUCAAGAAGACUAUCCACAAGCAAUUAACCCCAUCAACGAGAGACGCGUGCAUGAGUUCGCAAUCCCUGGUAUGCUAUGGUAUCCCCCUGAGAUCCUGGUAGAUGCUAGGUCGACUAUUUUUGAGCAUGUUCACGACAAGCUCGACCCGUCCUGGCUCGAGGAUAACACCGAAAGAGAUUGGGUCAAUAUGCCCUUAGAUGCCUGGAACUUUAUAGGCGUUAAAAAGCGGGGGCUUGCUUUUAUGACAAAAGGGGGCCGUGGUCAUUUUCUUAGCACCGGUCGGGUUGUUCGAUGA